UUAAUCUAAUUAAAUCUUUAAGUAAAAAAUAUUAAAUAGAUAAAAAAAAAGUAGGUAAAAAUGGAUAAUUGGAGUCAAUUAUAGCAACGAGAGAAUAUAAAGUUGAAGUUAAUUCAACAUAUUUAAAACAGGCAGAAAAUCAAAUAGAUGUAUGCAGAUAAGGGUAUUCAAAUGCUCAAUAAGGAAUAAUAGCUAGUUUCUUAAGUCUAACAACCAAAUAUGAGUUCUGAAUAAAGCGAUAUUUUCGACACUAUGGUUGAUGAAUUAAGAUUAUUAGGAUAUGAUUAAUUCAAAUAUUUAGGAAAAGGAGGACAGGGUUUAGUGUUACUAGCAAAACAAAAAUAAUCUAAUAGAAGAUAUGCAAUCAAAGGAGUUAAAGUUAAAGAUAAAAAAGGAAUAUUAGACGAAAAUACAUUAAAAGAAGUUUAAUAAGAAAUAAACACACUCAAUUAAUGCAAAGGUUCUCCCUAUGUGGCCAAUUUUAUAGGAUAAAUAGAAGGAUAAUAAUUUAUCUAUUUAGUUCUUACUGAAUGCUUAGGAAGUUUAAGCGAACUUAUUAAGUAGACUUAAAACGGUGUAUUGAAUGAAAUCACUGCUAUCAAAUAUGCUAAGGAUAUUGCUGAGGGUCUUGACUUCAUCCAUUCAAGAAAUUGCGUAGUUAAUGAUAUCAAGAUGGACAAUAUCCUAAUCGAUUAUAACGGAAAUGCUGUUGUUUCUGAUUUUGGGUAUGCAAAUAAGACUGGAUAAUCUGGAUACUCUUUUGAAUAAUAUAAGGGAAAUUUUGAUUGCUAAGCACCAGAAUGCUUUACAUAGUUUGAUAUAUAUUCAAAAAAAUAUAAAGAGUAAGGAGUAGAUGUAAAGUAAAAACCAAGUCCAAGAAGUGAAGCAUUUUCUUUAGGCUAUUUAAUAUACAUAAUGAUUUAAGGGUGGAACUUAGAUUUAGUUGUCAAUAAACACAUUCCUUUAAAAUACAAUGAAUAUUUCUAGAGUUUUGUUUAUAAGAAAUAGCUUCAAUACAUAAUUGAUGGAUUAACUAAAUUCAAACCAAGAGAGAGGUUAGAAAUAAAGGAGGUUUUAAUUAUAUUAAAAGGAAUUAUUUCAUUUGAAUUUUAGCUAGAUAGCAAAUUUAUUGAAGUCAUCGAUGAUGGAGCAGCUUAAGAUAUUAUCAAAUCUUUUAAUAGUGAUAUUGAGUUUAUUCAAGGUUAUGAGAAAAAAUUUUACCCAAUCAUUUAAAAUGAACAGGAUUUAAUCUAGUAGCUCAACUCAGAAAUUCAUGAACACAUAAAAUAAUAAAAUGAAGUUAUUUCAAAGUAGAAAUAAGAAAUAUAGAACCUUGAAGACGAAAUUAAUGACUUAUUAUUAAAGGAUUAAUAAAUAAAUUAAUAACAAAUUAUUUAACCUUUUAUUUAAAAUCAAUAAGCAAAUUCUAACUAGGUUAUCAACUAACAUGCAGAGAUGGAGCAAUAAUAAGGUCAAAACGAUAAUUUUUUGAACCAAUACAGAGAUUUUACUACGUUCUGGAAUAGUUUAUAGAAAGAAGUUGAAUCAAAAUAUUAAUAUAAACUUAUCGAGUAAUUAUAUUAAUCAUUUAAUUUUCAUUAAUAAUUAUUUCAAUUAAUUCAGUCAAUAUAGUGUAGUGUUUUUUAUUACAAAAUAGAAAAAAUUAUAAGAUUUAAAUUAUUUUAUAAUAGAUUUUAUUUAAUAAAUUGGCAUUCUUAUUAUUUAUUUUCUUUUAUUUUAAAUUGA